UUACUACAGUUACAGUAUAAGAGUGACUAGCAUCUACCUCUCUCGUUCAAGCUAACACGCUACGGAAUUGCUCGACGUUGUAGCACCGAGAAGCCCCAUUCUGAAAGAUGGCUGACACAAAUCAACAACCCCCCCCUGCCCAGCUUGGGCCUGUGCAAUUUCUAAUGAGCAACAAGCUGGAAACGGCCAUGUGGCUUUCUCGUCUCUUCACAGUCUACUGCUCAGUUAUGUUCAUCCUACCGGUCUUGGGCAUCUUCCCAGUUUUCCUGUUUUCCUUGCUUCAUGCGACUACCUACACAAAGAAAGUUCUUGAUUCUAUGGGCCCCAGCAGCCUGAUGUUCAUCAGAAACCUUCUGGACAAACUAUCGGCCAACCAGCAAAACAUACUGAAGUUCAUUGCCUGUAAUGAGAUUUUCUUAAUGCCUGCUACUGUCUUCAUGCUCUUCAGUGGUCAGGGAAGCCUGUUGCUGCCCUUUAUUUAUUACCGAUUCCUCACCCUCCGCUACACAUCCAGAAGAAAUCCAUACUGCCGCACCCUGUUCACAGAGCUGCGGAUUCUUCUGGAGCACUUCAUCAUGAAGCCCGCCUGCCCCGCCUUCUUCAGGAGGAUGUGCCUCAGCAGCAUCGCCUUCAUCAGCCGCCUGGCUCCCACCGGAGUCUGAUCUCUUAGUUUUCUCCUUUCUCGUUUUCUUCCUGUUUUUAUUUUCCAGCUAUGUAAGAUAUGACUUAAACUGUGAUGGGGACAGACUUUGCCAUCAGUGGAAGAACUUUGUGUUGAAUGUCAACGUUACAGUCUGAGCUCCGACUCUUCUGUAUUCCUGAGUACAGCUGAAGAAGAGCCGGUAAAGCACUGAAUCUCACUGAAUCUCCCGGUGACGCUUCUCCUCCUGACCUGGUAGGGUGACCUCACUCAGACGGCGGAUGCUCUGACUUUUUUACGUUCACCGAAGAGCACGGCUGACGUCGGCGGCAGUCUGUGUUUCGGCAGUUUUUGUUCUUCCUUUCAUGUCAUUAUUUAUUCAUUGAAUAGUUUAUUUUAUGAAAAAUAUUAACAUUCUGAGAUUAAUAACUUAACUAAAAUGUGCUUCUACAUAAUUGUCUUCAUGUCCUUUCUCUUUAAAAUUUCACUGAAUCAUUUCUGUUCCCCACAGCAUCUGUUAUAAUUUGUCUAAAUGCCUGACUUUGAAUGUUUUUUUGUUUGUUUAGUUUUAUUUUUUUGUAUCGAUGCCAUCACCGGAUUCUUUCUAAAAGUACAGACUUAUGUACCUGUGAUUCAAAUAGGUGUUAAACUGCGAAAAUAUUUGCUGUAUUUUUAAAAACAUUUUAAGGUACCAGACAUUCUGCUGUAUGAUCCAGAUUUGAAAUGAUUUGCACAGUGCAUGUCAUCCUUCUGAAUGCAUCUUGAAAUUGUUUUUCAGUUAAAGAGCAGUUUUAAAUUUAUGUUCAUUUAUUUUGCUCCAUAUUGCCUGUUUAAUGCUCACUCUUUUUUUUUGUUUUUUAUCAUGUUUAAUGUGCUUAUAUGCCUACAAACGUACCACAUUUUUAUGGCAAGAAUAAAAAUAUUAAGUAAACCAG